AUGCAAUCAUCCGUCGCCCGUCAGCCUGGUCUUGCCAAAAUCAGUCCAGAAUGGACCGAGUUCGCCAAGCAUGUUCCGAUUCCUCCGCUACUAGGAACACCUGAGGAACUUCGCCAGAUGAAGUUUCCGCGGGAUGACAGCCCUCCUGUUGGGUUCUCCAUCAAGCAGAUUCCCAUACCGGGCUAUGGAGGAUGGACGAACCAGGUUCGCAUCUACACCCCAGACGUCCAAUGUGCGGAACGCGCAGUCAUUGUUUAUGUACACGGCGGGGGCUGGACUGUUGGCGAUCUGGACUCGGAAGAUGCUGCCUGUAGAACCAUGUGCAAGUCUACUGGGGCAGUCGUCGUCAGUGUAGACUACCGAAAGGCACCGGAGAAUCCCUUCCCAAUCGGCCUCGAAGAUGUCUGGGCGGGAGUACUUUGGGUAUUUGAUAAUAUUGAGACCCUAGGGGGCGAUCCAAGUCAUCUUAUUCUGGGCGGCCUCAGUGCAGGAGGAAAUAUAACAGCUGUUCUGGCCCAGCGAGCGCGAGAUACCAAGCGUGUCUCGUUUUGCGGGCAAAUACUGAGGAUCCCUCUUGUCGUGCACCCCAAAGCACAACCCGCAGAUCUUGACUUUGUUAGCUACGACGAGAAUGCCAACGCCCCGAUUCUUCCAUCUAGAGCGGUCACGCAGUUCCUCGACUACUACAGCGCCCCUCCCGAGGACAUCCGAAUGUCGCCCCUUCUAGCAUCAGACUUAUCCGGGUUACCUCGCACGUACAUACAGAUCGCUGGAGCCGAUCCCUUGCGAGACGAUGGCUUUGCCUACGCCGAGAGGCUGGAGCAGGCUGGAGUCCCUAUCAAAGUCAGUGUCUACCCUGGCUUACCGCACGGCUUCAUGAUGUUGCCUUUGGCCACUUCAGUCAAGAGCGACCAGGACCUGACGGAGGCUAUAAAAUGGAUGAUCAGAGAGUAA